AUGGUGGAGACCACCGGAUCCCAAGUCCCACGCCAUCCAAGUCCCACCACCACCCAAGUCCCACCGCCACCCAAGUCCCACCGCCAUCCAAGUCCCACCGCCGCCCAAGUCCCACCGCCAUCCAAGUCCCACCACCACCCAAAUCCCACCACCACCCAAGUCCCACCGCCAUCCAAGUCCCACCGCCAUCCAAGUCCCACCACCAUCCAAGUCCCACUGCCAUUCAAGUCCCACCGCCAUCCAAGUCCCACCACCACCCAAGUCCCACCGCCACCCAAGUCCCACCACCAUCCAAGCCCCACCACCAUCCAAGUCCCACCACCAUCCAAGUCCCACCACCAUCCAAGUCUCACCACCAUCCAAGUCCCACCACCACCCAAAUCCCACCACCACCACCCAAGUCCCACCGCCAUCCAUAUCCCACUGCCAUCAAAGUCUCACCAGCCAUCCAAGUCCCACCGCCAUCAAAGUCUCACCAGCCAUCCAAGUCCCACUGCCAUCCAAGUCCCACCAGCCAUCCAAGUCCCACCGCCAUCAAAGUCUCACCAGCCAUUCACUCCCACCGCCAUCCAAGUCCCACCACCAUCCAAGUCCCACCACCACCCAAGUCCCACCGCCAUCCAAGUCCCACCGCCAUCCAAGUCUCACCAUCCAUCCAAGUCUCACCAUCCAUCCAAGUCCCACCAGCCAUCCAAGUCCCACCGCCAUCCAAGUCCCACCACCAUCCAAGUCUCACCAUCCAUCCAAGUCCCACCACCAUCCAAGUCUCACCGCCAUCCAAGUUCCACUGCCAUCAAAGUCCCACCGCCAUCCAAGUCUCACCACCAUCUAAGUCCCACCGCAAUCCAAGUCCCACUGCCAUCUAAGUCCCACCACCACCCAAGUCCCACCGCCAUCCAAGUCCCACCACCAUCCAUGUCUCACCAUCCAUCCAUGUCCCACCACCAUUAA